UGCAGUAAGUGCACAAAAAAUUCUUAUUUCCUCAAAUGUGAAGAAUAAUUUGGUUUAGUAUUUAUAUACAUCAUGGGAAACGCAGGUAGUAAUCAUCCCAAGGAAUGGCAGAAAGAUGCUGCAGCCAAACCAACAGGCGCUGGUCCUUCUUCCCCAACCAAAGAGGGUGAGGCUUUUACGUUUGAUAAAAAGGUAGACGACGAUCGCAGUGGAAGAGAUGACGACAAUAACAUUGAGGAUGGGGCUCCUUAUUAUACCAAGGCCGUGCCUGAGAGCGAGGAAGAAUUCGGUGUUAUGCGCGAACGGUCGAACACAUUGACUGACGGAAGUAAAUCUACGGACGAAUCGAAAGUGUUGCCUACUGUGUUUAGAUGGGAAGGUGGUGGUAAACAGGUAUUCAUCAGUGGAACAUUUACUGACUGGAAGACAAUUCCUAUGGUGAAGAGUCAUGGAGAUUUCGUGACCAUAAUAGACCUCCCAGAAGGGGAGCACCAGUACAAGUAUUUUGUGGAUGGAGAAUGGCGCAAUGACCCUACAGUGAAAUUGGUUGACAAUGGGAUGGGAUCUAAAAACAAUUUGGUCAAGGUGAAGCUGUCAGACUUUGAGGUGUUCCAAGCUCUGGCCAAAGACAGUGAAGGAAUACACAGCAGUGCCCAGACAGAGUAUUCACAGGAAAUCCCACAAGCUAAACCAUGGGAGAAAGUGUCAGGGCCACCGAUAUUGCCCCCUCACCUAUUACAAGUCAUAUUGAACAAAGAUACGCCACUUUCAUGUGAACCAACCCUCCUACCAGAACCAAACCACGUGAUGUUGAACCAUCUAUACGCGCUGUCGAUCAAAGACGGAGUCAUGGUGUUAUCUGCGACCCAUAGGUACCGGAAGAAAUAUGUUACCACCCUUCUGUAUAAGCCCAUAUAGGUCAAGGUGCCAUGCUAGUUUUAAUGGUGGAAGACCCCCAUAGAUCAAUUUUGUUAGCAAUAUAAUCCUGUGUUAUCUUCCGUAUAGAUAUUAAUUAAAUGGUAUUUGUUUAUUUAUUUAAGAUCAUGUUUUAUAAAUUGUAAGGUCCUCUAAGGUACCGUCAAGCAUUCAAUGAAUCAUGUUACAAUAACUAACCAUUUGUAUGAUGUUUGUUUCCUAAAUGAGGCGACCACAUCAGACUACACGGAUAUUAUAAGGGCGGUUACAGACUAGCGUUUAAACGCGCAUAUAAGCGCCCGUUAAAGCGCGUAACUCCGAAACACUAACGCGCUAAAAAAUGCGAAUGUGAAAAAAAUUUGUUAAAUUGCAGUAGUUUGAAGUCUGCAUUGUAAAAAUCUUGAUCAUCAAUGGGGGUCAACGGGUGUACACUAACACAUGUUACACAUGUAUGUACAGGUAUGGACAGUGGAACAAUUUGACUCAUCAAGGCACCCUGCCUAUCACUCUAUUCACUUGAGCUACUAGUUUAAGUAUAAUACGCUUACGGUAGAUGUCGCUACCGUCCCAAUGACCAAUAUGGUGGAAAAUUUCUCUGGCUCGGUUGAAGCCUUGCUGGCUCAGUUGGCACAGCAGAAUAGAUCGAGAGGCCGUGAGUUUGUCUCACCAAAGGCAGUACUUUUCCGCUUUUAAAUUGAUUCAAAGUCAAAUUGUUUGAUUGCACUUGC